AUGUCUUUCCGAGGAGCACCAAGAGGUCGCGGAACCGGCGCAAACUUUGGAGGAGGCGGAAGUAGAGGAGGAUUUGGUGGCCGUGGAGGUGCAAGGGGUGGUGGUUUUGGAGGCAGAGACAACGGACCGCCAGAUACCGUUCAACCUAUGGGAUCCUUUUUACACUCCUGUGAAGGGGAAAUCAUCUGCGAAUCAAUCAACACCAAGAUUCCAUAUUUCAAUGCGCCGAUUUAUCUUGAAAACAAGACAUCCAUUGGCAAAGUCGACGAGAUCCUUGGGCCCAUCAAUCAGGUGUAUUUUACCAUCAAACCGACUGAAGGCAUCCAAGCAACUUCGUUCAAAUCCGGAGACAAGUUCUACAUUGGUGGAGAUAAGUUGCUUCCACUUGAGAAGUUCCUUCCAAAACCCAAGCCCCCACCAGGAGCACCAAAGCCUAAGCGCGCAGGCGGCGCACGAGGUAGAGGAGCACCUAUGAGAGGAGGACGUGGGGGUGCAAGAGGAGCGCCAAGAGGACGCGGAGGCUUCAGCGCUGGUGGACGAGGUGGUCGCGGAGGCAGCGGGUUCUCAAGAGGCGGAAGCGGGGGUUUCACACCCAGAGGCAGAGGUGGUGGACGAGGUGGCUUUUCUCGCGGACGUGGUUGA